CAUUUGGCCAGUGAGCUUCAUCGAGAAGACACUGAACAGGAAGGAGAGAUGAGAUUUUCCCGUACGGAUAUUCAACGUACAGUCGAGCAGGCAGCCCAGAUGGAUUGCUUCGUGUGUGGCGAGAGGGGGGCCACCAUCACCUGCCAGGAGGUGGGCUGCGACCGCAGGUUCCAUCUCCCCUGUGCCGUGGAGGGUGAAUGUGUCACCCUUUAUCUCCCGCCGUUCAGGUACCUCCUCUCCCCUCCUCACCGUCACCAGGGAAUGACCCAGCGCUUCUCAUCUCACCCAUCCCUUCCCUCUUCCCCCAGGUCCUUCUGCCAGGAGCACCGCCCACAGCAGCAAGAUCUGGUGGCUCCAGAGGGCACCGUCUGCCUCAUCUUUCCACAGGGCCUUCGCAGAGCCUCACUCGCGCUCUUUAUGUUUCUCCUGCAGGAACAGGCUAUGCAUUCUGGAAUUCUGUGCUUACAGUGCCCUCUCUGUAGAAAUCGGUAUGAGUUUCUUCUGGAAAUGAUAAACAUGGGGAUCCAAAUCCCCUUAAGCUGCACCGCGGGGCUCCGCACGGGAUCUCUGUCUCAGCAAGGGCUUGAAGCAGAAGGGAUGAAGAGAAGAGCUCUGCUGGGCAAUCCCGUGCUGUGGGCGCUCCAUCCUCAGAGACAUGAACCCAUUUCUUUCCCCAGGCCCUGGCAGCUGUUCCUGUGCUGCUCCUGUGCUGCUGAGGGCACACACAGAUGCUGCUCCAACUUGGGGAACAGCCCUGAGGCCAGAUGGGAGUGUGACAGCUGUGCUGGCCUGGGCACCUGUAAGUGUCAAAGCACCUGGGUGCUCCUGGGCUGGGGCCAGGGGCCAGGCAAGGCCUGGCAGUGGGUGCCUGGUGUGGGCUUGGCAGAGUCUGUCUGCUCCAGGAGGGCUGGGGCACCGCUCAGGCCUACGCUGCCCCAGGCCUGGGAGCCAAGCCCUUAA